AAGCCGACGAAACGCGACCGAAUCCGGUGAAAUCGAAAGUUCAGUCUUCUUUUGUCGACGAGUAGCGCCCGAGAUACCCAACCGCCUCGACUCCGGCACACACCGCUGAAGCUAGUAAACCCUCGACGUCUUCUAGACAACCCACGAUCCGCUUUACCGCACACGUCCCAUCAGAGACGGUCAUUUGCGCCUCUUCGCCCACAUCUGGUGCUGCGGCGCAUCGGAACCAGGGCCCUCUGCCUACCAUGGCCAUUUGCAGGUUCUUCCAGCAGGGCAAUUGUCGGUAUGGCAAUUCUUGCAAAUACGAGCACCCAAACCCGAACAACAACCGCUUCGGAGCCUUUGGCGGCGGCGGCGGUAAUGGCGGCUUCAACAACAACGGCAACAACAACAAUAAUAAUAAUAACAGCAACAACCGUCCCAAAGCCACGCCUCAUCCGCGCAGCGCCUGCCCGGCCCCGUCCUAACAAACCGAUCCAGACAUACCCUUCUCCCUGAGCAAGGACAUCAUCCAGAUCGACCUGACGACCGACCGACCGCAAUGGAUCCUGUCCGCAUACGGCCCCGGCCGUGACGCCCCGGAGCAGCUCUUCGGGGGCUUCCCGCGCGAGCAGAGCUUCGAGGAGGUCCGGCUCAUGUACGAGGAGGGGCUGGCGAUGGGGAACCCACAAGCAGCGCUCUCCCAGAUCGAGAGCGUAUACAGGGAAGCCGACAGCCAGAUGCAGAACGCGCUGAGCAACCUCGACGGCGCGAUGCAGUACAUAAUAGACGCCCAAAACAAGAACCCGAACCGCAUGAGCCUGGUGCAGAACAACACGAGCGGCGUCUUCGCCGUCGGACAGCAGCAGCAGCAGGCCAGCCCGUUUGGCCAGCCGGCGGCCGGGUUCGGCGCGCCUUCGGCCGGCGCAUUCGGCGCACCGUCGGCCACGCCUGCUGCUGGCGGUGGGUUCGGUCAACCGUCGACACUGGGCCAGAAACCCAGCGCGUUUGGGACUCCCGCCUUUGGGCAAGCCGCACAGCCCUCCGCCGGUGGUGGUGGUGGUGGUGGUGGUGGUGGUUUCGGUCAGCCGUCGGCGUUGGGCCAGAAGCCCAGCGCGUUCGGCACGCCCACGUUCGGCCAGAGCGCGCAGCCCGCGGGGGGCGCGUUUGGGCAGGCCGCGAAGCCCGGUGGGUUUGGCCAGCCGGCAUUCGGGCAGUCGGCAGCCCCUGCGUUUGGGCAAUCCAGCGCCAUGGGCGCCGCACCGGGCGGGUUCGGCCAGCCGUCGGCGUUGGGCCAGAAGGCAAGCCCGUUCGGGGCCGUCGCCGCCACCAGCUCAACCCCCUUUGGCGGCAAUGCUACCCCAAGUCCCUUCGCGCAGGCCGCGCAGGCCGCGCAGGCCGUGCAGACCAGUACCCCCAGUCCUUUCGGGGCAGCUGCGGCAUCUACAACUGCAGGCGCAGGCGGUUUCGGGCAGCCCUCUGCGCUCGGCGGCGCGAGCGGAUUCGGGCAGCCAUCAGCGCUCGGUAGCUCAGCCGGGUUUGGCCAGCCUUCGGCUCUAGGCCAGAAGGCCAGCCCGUUCGGUCAAGCCCCAGCUCCCAACCCGUUUGGUCAGACGCAGCAGGCGCAAGCACUAGGCCCAUUUGGAGCCCCCGCGCCGGCAGUGGACCAGUCGGUCCAGAUGGGGGGAGCCACUCCAACCGCGCCCUCUACGUCAGGUUUCGGCCAGCCCCCAGCUCAAGCUGCAUCCAGCAACCCGUUCGGGCAACCGACGCCGGCAGCAAACCCAUUCGGCCAACCCGCCCAUGCCGGUCACCCCUUUGGAGCCCCCACCGGCGGCGCGCCUCAACAGCAGCAGCCGGCUAGUGCCGCCGCAGGGCCCGGGCCCUACGCGCCCAACGCCGCGCGGCAGCACCCGCCGGCCUCGAGCUACAUCACCAAACACCCGAACGGCACCCUGGCCACCUUCAAGGGCAAGACGGUCAGCAUGCAGACCCCGCGAGAAGGGAGCUCCGCGACCAAGCCGUUCCCGAUCACGCGCGGCUACGGCGGCCCGGCCACGCGCGUGUGGAAUCCCGACGGCGCCCCCGCGUACUACAAGGACACCGAGGCGCCGCCCGAGGCGUACGACGCCGCGAUCAAGGGCGCGUACGAAUUCUUUGUCAGCACGGGCAAGUUCCACGGCGGCGUCAUGCCAGAGGUGCCUCCGCUUAGGGAAUGGUGCACUUGGGACUUUUGAGCGACCAGUACCCUGUUGACGCCCGUAUCUCUUUUUUUUUUCCGACGACUGUGGCAUCAGUUUUGGGGGGUUGACGGCGUUUGGGGUUCUUUUUCAGGCGAACAGCGCCAAGUUACGUAUCUAGCAGGACUUGGGUAGAAGAAGCGCCCUAUGGUCUUUGAUGACAUUUCGGAUGAAUUUACAUGUUGUCUCUGCAUCGAUCGAGGGACAUUCACGAAGCAUGGGCGCGCUGAAAGGAGGGAGAAUUGAGCGUCCAUAAACGCAACUUUUGUCGUAACGUUAUUUUUUUGGAUUUUGAUGUUUUUGACUGGG